UCACCAGCUGUGUACAUUCAUAGAAUAAAAAUCCCAAUCCGUCCGUCAUAUAAAUCCGCAUGCUGGUUAUACCUGACGUGCAAUAUCUAUAGACUAAAGUGGUUCGAUCCGGGUGUGAUAUAACCCAUAACGUUACCUCUAGACGACACUGGCUGUGUUUAUAUAACGUUAGCCUAAUAUCGACUCAUUUCUAAGGAUCCAUAAGGACUCGAAUCAUCGUCUGUUGUUUGUUAUUGUUAAGGGACACCGAAAUGUCGACAGAGAAACAAAGCGUACCUGAGGAAAACCUUCAGGGUUCCUGGGUGGAGCUGCAUUUUAAUGGAGGGGGCAGCACUCCUAAAGGAGGCGCAGAGGAGCAAAGCGCUAGCACCGCCCCAAGCGGAGACCUUGAGAAAAUGCUCCUAGAUGCUCAGCACGAGUCGGGCAGAAGCAGCUCCAGGGGGAGCUUACCAUGUGACAGUCCUCCGAGGUCCCAGACUCCUUUGCAACUGCGCAGGGGCUCAGAGGUCCACAGCUCUGGAGAAAAAAACAGCUCUCAGUCGGAGGAAGAUUAUAUAGAGAGGCGAAGAGAGGUGGAGACGCUGAUGAAGAAAAAUGCAGACUGGAUCUGGGACUGGUCCAGUCGACCAGAAAACCUACCGCCCAAGGAGUUUAUACUGAAGCACCCGAAGCGUUCCAGCACACUGAGCAUGAGGAACACCAGUAUGAUGAAGAAAGGAGGAAUCUUCUCUACAGAGUUCCUCAAAGUUUUUCUGCCCUCUCUCGUCCUCUCGCACAUCCUUGCUGUCGGUCUCGGAGUGUACAUUGGAAGACGUAUAACCACCUCUGGCACCUUCUGAGAACCCAUGAAAGGAGAACACAAGAAAAAUCUCAUAUCCACACAUCAACCAUCUCUGCUGCUUUAUCUUCAAUCUGUGCUUGUGUAGAUGCAGAUAAGACGAGGUCACAUAUGAUCUAUUUCCACACUGCCUUGAUUCCCCGUGUGUAUUUAACUGGCCUUUCCCAUAGUUCCUCUCUUGACUCGACAGAUAAUACACCAUUCCAUGGUUAUCACUGCACGGGAAGGCCAUGAGAUAGAAUUAGUUGUUAUGCCUCCUCAUAAUUUUGUAUUGUCCUGUAACAAGACUACUGUGAAUAUUACGCCAGGAUUAUCAAAUAGGGGAAUAAGGGAUGAGAGCGAGAACGAGAGAGAAAGAAUUGGUAGAAUGGAAAGACAAGUGGAUCACAAGAUGCUGGAUUCUGAGUGCUCUAGAGAUGUCGUACUUGAAAACAAGACUGUGAAUUGUGAAGAGAUUUCCAACUUUCUACCCCAUAUCAAAACUGGGAUUGUAUUUAUGAGAUGCUUUGAUAAAUCAUAUAUUGUAAUGGCACCAUGCAGUUGUAUGUGCCAUGAGGUUGAUGGUUUUUAUUUCAAACACCAAAAUACACAUUUGCUUUUGGAAUUGAGCAGUACACAGUAUUAUAUGGUAUACAACUGCUGUAACAGCAACCGUCCUCAAGAUUCAUAUUGUUAAAAGACUAGCCACACAUUUGGCUACUAUAUCAACAGCUGAAUCUCAAUUGAAUUUACAUGAAAGGUACAAAUUAUUUGAGAAUAACCUGAGAUAUGUAUUUAGCAAUGUUGUUUAAGUUUGCCUUAGUGUUGACCUGAGCUCCAAGAGUGUUCCUGGCCAUCUGAAACGGUUCCAGUCCAAAGUUUGCCUUAUUGAAUCAGGCAGGGAGUAUAAGGGAAAUUCUGUGCAAAUCUGUGCAUGUUUUGUAGUCCUUCAAAAUCACAUUCAGUGUAUGUGUCAAUUUCAUAGUGGUUUUGUAUCAAUGGAGGGACUUAAACUGAAAUAAAUGUCUGCCAAUUGUAACAGGUGUCCUUGAAUCUGCAAAUUUCUUGUAAAGGGAUAAAACAUGCUAAAUCAAUACAUUUACACCUACAUGUUGAAGUCCUAAUUGCUUUGAAUAUGAUUUCAAAGGUGGAUAUUACAAAGAUUAUUGCUUUGUAAAAGUCUGUUAGAGCAGUGGUUCUCAAACUUGUUCGUUGUAAGACCCCCUCUGUGUAGAGUGCACCCCAAAUAAAGCCUUAUAAUCUGUAAAUAAG